UGGCGGAAAUACCCGAAACCUUCCGGAAUAGACCGAAGUAUUUCGGCCAUCUUUGUUUUUUCAAUGUGGAGCCUGUGACCACUCCAAUAAUGUCAGUACUCCGGGUUUGUUGCAGCUGCGUGUAAGGAGUAAAUCUGGCAGCUCUCAUCAUUUGAUAAAAACAAUCAACUACAUAUUUAUGAAAUAUCGAACUACAUUCCCUUUGUAAAUAAUAUGUCGUGUUGAUUGAUAUACAGUGUUGAUUGUCAAGGUUAAGAAUGCUUGCCAAAGACAUUUUAAUCAAGAUCUUUUCACAGCAGAAAAAGUUGUGGGAACUUCGCGAGCAGGCGUUAUGCAGUUUGAGAAAUAAAUAUUCAACAAGAUUAACGUAUUGUUCAGAUGCAAGCUUCAACAGAUCUAUGCAAAAUGUUUGCAAACGCAAACAAAUGUUUAAUUACGAAAAUACCGACGGCUUGGGACGUCCGGCAUGUUUGGAAAAUGCAUCUCAAAUCGCUCUAAGAGGAGCUGUACGUUGGACCCGGACCCUGAUAAGUAGCCGCUCCUUUUCGGUGAACACGUGCAGGUCCAAAAACAGUAACAGCGAUCUGGGUGGUGAAAGUCAAGAUCCUGAAGACGAUCUCUUAGAAGACGGCGAUAUUGAUCAACUGAUCCAGCAACAAAUUACGACAGGUGUCGGCGACCAAGACCACAGGGUGUUCAUCGUUCACCCCGAAAUCAAAUGGGGGCAGAGGAAGCAGCGCCUGACUACAGCGGCUCUUCAGAUGGAGGAGGCUGUGGGCCUCGUCUCCACGCUGCAGAACUGGACGGUGGUCGAUAAGAUCAUCGUCUCCACGAAGACGCCUGAAAAGAGGAGGAUCUUUGGCAAGGGGAACUUCCAGGCGCUCACAGAGAGGAUCAGGGGAUUACCACAGAUCACCGCUGUGUUUGUGAAUGUGGAGCGUCUGGCUCCAGUCACUGAGAGGGAGCUGCAGGAGGCCUGGGGAUUGAAGGUCUUCGACAGGUACACGGUGGUCCUCCACAUCUUCCGCUGCAACGCUCGCACCAAGGAGGCCAAGCUGCAGAUCUCUCUGGCCGAGAUCCCCCUGCUCAGGUCACAGCUGAAGAAUGAUCUGGCAAACUUAGAUCAGCAAGGUGGAGGUUCCAGGUAUAUUAUGGGCUCAGGUGAGACGUUCAUGGAGGUGCAGCAGCGGCUGUUGAAGGAGAGAGAACUGAAGCUCCGGGCGGCCUUGGAGAAGCUGAAGAGGAAGCGUUGCCUGCUUCGCUCCCAGCGCCAAGACAGGGACUUCCCCAUCAUCUCUGUUGUGGGAUAUACCAACUGCGGCAAGACGACCCUGAUUAAAGCCCUGACUGGCGAUGCAGGGCUCCAGCCCCGAGAUCAGCUCUUCGCUACGCUUGACGUCACCGUUCACGCUGGCCAGCUGCCCAGUCACAUGACUGUCCUCUUUGUCGACACCAUCGGCUUCCUCUCCCAGCUGCCUCACCAGCUUAUUGACUCGUUCUCUGCCACCCUGCAGGACGUGGUGCAUUCUGACCUGAUCAUUCACGUGAGGGACAUCAGCCACCCAGAGAGCCUGAACCAGAAGGUCAACGUGUUGAACGUGCUGAAGAACCUGCAGGUCCCCAGCCGUCUGAUGGACAACAUCAUUGAAGUCCACAACAAGAUCGAUCUCGUUGAUGGUUACCAGCCUACCGAACCAAACAUCCAGCCCAUAUCAGCUUUGAAAGGACAAGGUUUAGAGGUCCUGAAAAAAAGAGUAGAGGAUGUCGUUCUGAAAACAACUGGGAAGCACAUUCUGACCAUCAAAGUGGAUCUCAGUAGUUCUCAGUUAAGCUGGCUUUACAGGGAAGCCACAGUGCAGGAGGUUGGUGUUGUGCCAGAAGAAGGGACAGCCAAUGUCAAGGUCAUUAUCAGCAGUGCUGCAUAUGGGCGUUACAGGAAGCUGUUCCAGGCUAGUUAGCCCUUCAGGUGAAAGCUCUGUGUGCUUGGCUCGUGACCUGUGAAGAUGAUUUGUCUGCACUCUGCUCAGUAUGUGUUCUGCUGUGAAAGCCUGAGGCUCCACAGUGUGUGUGUUGACACUUAUGACAUGUACUGUAUGGCUCCCUAAAUGCAGGGACAUGUCUAACGUUAAAAGUGGCUCUUACCAGAACUAUCGCACAACUGAAUGCAUGUACAAAUUAGGAGCUGUACAGUGUAAUGUAUAGAUUCUAAUGCAUUUUCUGUAAAUAAAAUGUGGAUAUUUAA